CGAAUACAAGAAAUAUUCAUAAACUUUUUUAAUAUAUACAAAUCUUUGAGUUUGUUAAGAUUUGCCUUCAUAAACAUAUAUGUAAAGUUCAACUAGUAUUACAUUUUAGUAUUUGUACAAAAAUAACAUGUGAAUUUUUUUUUCUAGUCUUGGUGACUUAAAAAGCUCCUAGGCACCGAAAUCGAGACACUCUCGACAACCAUGCUCUCUGACGCCGGGGGUGGUUCCGAUUGCCGGCGUCGGGACUUAUCAACUCCCAUCAACCUUCAUGUGUUCUAUAUAAGCUUUAUCUUCAUUGAAUCUUCCUCCGUUAUCUCAAAUCUCUCAAAAUAUCUAAAUCUCCUUUUUUAUGUGAGCUUCUUCACUGAAAGUUUUCUUUGUGACGGAAGAGUAUAUCGAUGCUCUAUUGGCUCCGAUCUGACUCAGAUCUUGGAUGCAUCUCUGUCUUCGAACCCAAAACAAGAAAAUUCACAACAGUCCAACAGCUCCUCUUCUCAAACAUCAGAGCAAGACUUCAUCAACUUAUCAAAAAGCUCUAGAUCUGGACUAGCACCAACACCACCUUUGGUUUCUUCUCACCGGUUUUCGUUGAUGGCAGGAGUAUCUCUUGGACCAUCAGAUGUGCUUCUUCCGCUGGGAACGUCGACGGCACACGACGAGCUCAAACGCUGGCAAUGGUCACCCUAUAUGAUUCACAGUCGCCCAUCAUUCCAAUUCUUCAGAAUGACGGAGGCGCUUUCCUUAUCCCGACAACAUCAACCCUAGGGUUUGAUUGGAUGAGCCUCAUCUUUCAUUAAAGCCCAAUAUCUCCCAUGUGGCCCAUAUCCAGGUCUGAUUUCCCUAUCAAUUUGCAUAGUCUCUCUUUGCUUUGUUUCUCGACAAAGGAUGGUCGUCGACUCCAUUCAGCUUUAGGAACAAUGCAUCUAGAGGGGAUUUGCUUAUUCAAUUAUCGAAACCUUAUGAUUGUUUAUCACUAGAUGCAUAUCUAAUUUGGAAACUUAGACCAUCCCCAAUGGUUAAGAACCAAUUGGUUCUUAACCUUGCAUCUUCACAAUUGUUUAAAUUAAAAUUUUGAAACAUGACAUGUAAGAAGCAAAUCUUAGUUUUUAAUUCAUAAAAACUUCUUAGAUAUGAAGCAAAUCUUAGUUUUUAAUCUGUUUUGAUUUACUUUUAAAAUUUAAUUCUAAGAUAUUAGUGUAAGUCUGUAAGAUACAUCUAAGUUACACCCAUAGAGGUGCUCUUAGGGGAUUAGUAUAGUUCUCAAACCUUAAAUGUUGUGAUGCGAUGAAAGCAUCUGCUCUUUUAUUUGGUUAUACUUUGAGAUUUGAUAUUUCCUCUAGAAAGCCUAACCAUGGCUUCCCAAGACUAAUGGGCGAAGCAUCCCAACCCUCUCGAACCUUUUGGAUAAAAACGCGUCGGUAUGUUCGAUCAAUUCUUCUCUCAACCCUCCUUAAACUGAACGACUUAUGCCUUGAUUUGAAUGGAAGAAAUCUCCAAUCGAGUCCUGCUGCAUUUGCUGCGUUUUGGACUUGUGAUACUCUUUGGCGAAUCCAACAACCUUACUCCUCUAAGGAGAUACCUUCGUCGGAACCUUAUUUUGACAGUGGGAAAAAGUUUCCACCCGUAGCUUCCAUGGAGCACUUCUACGAAAGCUUUUUGGCGUCAAUCGCACGAUAAAAAGAAAAAUCGUUAAACUACAUUUAUAUAAAAAGAAGUAAUAAAUGAUAAAAAGAAAAACAAGAUACGGUAAAUAAAUAUACUCUCUCUCUUUUUAUAUAAAUGUAGUUUAAGGAUUUUUAUUUUUUCUCAAGAUAAAUGUUGUUUUUAGCUUUUUAUGCAAAUAAUAAAUGUAUUUAAAUUUUUCUAACCUACUAUACUUAAUUAUAUAUUUUUUAUUGGUUAAAUUGGUUAUAAUAAAUGAUGUUUUUAUAUAAAAAGAUAGAUUAAAUGAGAUUUUUAUAAUUUUUUAGUAUGUUUGUAAAUAAUUUAAACUACAACUAAUACGAAGAGUGGGAGUAUAAAGUUUGAAAUUAAAAACAGAAUAUGUUGACAUGUAAUAGCUCACAUACCCAAAGAUGCAAUUAUAAAUACAUUUUUUACCAAGUUUUGCUGCAAUUACAAUUUUUUCGGAUAGUUUGACUACUUUACCUAGAACGGGAACCAGUUUUGAAUGUAAAUAUCUUAACUGACUCGAACUUAAAAAAAUUUAUAAAUUUAUAAAUUUCGAAUGGGUCUUAAACUUCAUUACCUGAAAAAUCGGAACUCUAUUUUGUUUUUAAGAAUUACACAAAAUAAAAAAGAUUCAUAGUUCAUACGAAAAUAUGACAAAGAAUUAGGUUGUUUGCCUCGUAUAAGGUAUUGACAUACUUUAUUCGCUUCAGCGCUAAAACGGACAUUGAUGAUUUGGAUUUUGGACGGCGUAGCUAAUGGCAUUAUCAGCUACUGGCUUGAGAUAAUAAGACAUCGAUCUAGGAGGCUUUUCUAUCGUCAGCUACAAAAUUUCCUCAUAAAUAUUUCAUUUUCGUUUCAUAAGCAUUUUUCUUGUUAUUAUAUACUUGUCAAAGACGAUUAGAUUAAUUAUUAAUUAAAACCCAAAUCGAAUAGUAAAUGGAUUUAAGAAACUAGUAUUUUUCUCUAAUUUAAAACAAAAUUAUUUCCUUUUCUUGCCGGCAAA